AUGACCGAGUACAAGAAUCCCAAUUUACCCAACAAGUCGUCUGAAGCAAGACAGGGUAGGGAAAACCAGAGAUACAAUGAAGAGACUGGAGCUAGAAUUGUCGCAGGAUGCAUAUGCUUAAACGAAACCAAAGACAAAGUGAUUAUGAUCUCAUCUUCAAAACACAAAGAACGUUGGAUAGUUCCCAAAGGGGGUAAUGAAUUGGAUGAGCUGGAAUUGGAAACUGCAGUGAGAGAGACCUGGGAAGAGGCUGGCGUGGAAGGGAUCAUUGUGAAAAAGUUGCCCGUGGUGUUGGAUUCGCGGGGUCAAAAGGCGCCAGUCAUUAGAGGCGAUUUUGACUCAAAUCAUAUACCUAAAAGUGAAUUCCAUUUCUUUGAACUACAAGUUGACCAAUUGAGUACAACGUGGCCUGAAAUGAAGAAGCGUGAGAGAAGAUGGUGUACUUAUUCAGAGGCUAAACAUGAAUUGCUCAAACUGAAACGCCCUGAGCUUGUUGAUGCAUUGAAUCUGAGCUCCAUACAAAAGGAUACGGAUGUGAAGACUGUUGAUGAAUAUUGA